GUGUGUGUGUUCAAGAAGAGACAAUCUGUCUGCAGCCCGCCCCUCUCCUCCCCGUUCUGCCUCGCCCGUCCCUUGUGUCCUGUGGAGUUUCAGCCACGCGGGAAGGGCGUGGACAGUAGCAGCCGUCGCAGCCGCCCGGGCAGGGACCCCCGCGGCGCGCUUGCCAGGGCAGCUUCAGGGAUCCCAGCAGGGCAAGCAGCUCCGGCGGGUACAGCGGCUGGGCGUGACCUUGCUGGGAGGGGCCAGAGGAGACGGAGGGGAACGAGAAGUCUCCAGAGCCAGAGGGAGCUAGGAGCCGGGAGCGGGGAGCCGGAGUGGGAAUCGGAGCGCCCGAGCUUCUCCCGGCCCCGUCAGUCGGAGCGCCCCAGCGGCUCCCGGGACAGCCAGCGCGGGAGGGGCCACCAAGCACAGACCCGAUGGAGAAAUACAAAGAAGUGUUGCUGUCUGAUGGUACACAGAAGGAUUCUGCAGGUUUCUACUUCUCUAGAACAGCUGCUUACAGAACUGGAUGCUUUUUUGAAGAUUCUAGACAAGGAGAACCUGAGUAGCACUGCUGUGGUGAAGAAGAGCUUCCUUACAGACCUCCUUCGGCUCUACACAAAGACCAGCAGUUCUGAUGAGGAAUAUAUUUACAUGAACAAAGUUACAACCCAUAAGCAGCCACCUGUGGAGAUAGAAGACAAAGGAAAAGACAAAGACAAAGCACUGAAUGUCUCAGAUCCUCUAACCAACGGAGAAUUGGUACAGCACUUAUCUGCCCCACAGAAGAGCCUACCUGAUCUCCCACCUCCUAAAACAAUUCCAGAAAGGAAACAGCUCCCAGUCCCAAAGAUCGAGUCUCCAGAGGGAUAUUAUGAAGAGGCAGAACCAUAUGAUACUUCCUUAAAUGGUCAUUCUGGUACAUUUUCCACCACUGGGAUCCCAAAAUGGGUGCAGGUGCCUGAAGGAAUCAUUUAUGCCACAAUCACCUUGGACGAUGGUGAACCCGUGAGUAGCUCCUAUGAAUCGUAUGAUGAAGAAGAAAGCAGCAAGAGCAAGUCAACGCCCCACCAAUGGCCAUCCCCAGAAGCUACCAUUGAGCUGAUGAAGGAUGCCCGCAUCUGUGCCUUCCUAUGGAGGAAGAAGUGGCUGGGGCAGUGGGCCAAGCAGUUGUGUGUCAUUAAGGACAACAGAUUAUUGUGCUACAAAUCCUCCAAGGACCACAACCCCCAGCUUGACGUAAAUUUGGUAGGCUGUAAUGUCAUCUACAAGGAGAAACAAGUGAGGAAGAAAGAGCACAACCUGAAGAUCACGCCAACAAAUGCUGAUGUGAUCGUCCUGGGACUGCAGAGCAAGGACCAGGCAGAGCAGUGGCUCCGGGUCAUCCAAGAGGUCAGUGGCUUGCCCUCUGAAGGAAUUUUUGAAGGAAACCAGUACACCCCUGAAGCUCAGCGUCUCAACUGUCAGAAACAAGAUAUAGCUGAGAAAUACCUGCCAGCCCCAGAAUGUGGGAGUAGUAUGGAUGGUCAUCCUGAGACCACAGAGACCAAAGAUGGUAACAGAGUUCCUGCCCCGUGGGAUGUUAAGAAGAAAGGUACAGCAGGCCUCAAACUGAGCAACUUGAUGAACCUGGGGAGGAAGAAAUCCACUUCACUGGAGAAUGCUGAGAGGUCUCUGGAGACAUCCAGUUACCUGAAUGUCCUGGUCAACAGCCAGUGGAAAUCUCGUUGGUGCUGCGUGAAGGAGAGCCACCUCCACAUCUACCAGGACAGGAACCGCACUAAAUCAGCACAACAGCCGCUCAGCCUGGUGGGAUGCGAAGUUAUCCCAAAUCCCAGCCCCGAUCACCUCUACUCCUUUCGGAUUCUCAACAAUGGAGAGGAGAUAGCCGUGCUUGAGGCCAAAUCGUCUGAGGAAAUGGGCCAUUGGCUGGGCCUCCUUUUGUCUGAGUCUGGGUCCAAGACAGACCCAGAAGAAUUCACCUAUGACUAUGUGGAUGCAGACCGAGUUUCCUGCAUUGUGAGUGCAGCAAAGACCUCUUUCUUUUUGAUGCAGAGAAAGUAUUCAGAGCCUAACGCCUAUAUUGAUAACCUGCCCAAAGGUCACCAGCAUGAGGAGCCUUAUGAUGAAGUCAUCCUGGAUGCAAAUGAGCCAGCAUCAGUGGAACAAAUACAAGAAGCCACCCCUCUGAAAGCAACCACAUCUGAAGAAUUAGAUCGAGUGUACUUGGACCUCACACCCCUUGUGUCUUUCCCACCUGGCCCUGAUCAUGUCAAAGCUCAGCCUUCUCCUCCUUCCUCUCCACUUUUGGAAAAAGCUGUCUUUAAGACAGAAUUAGAAGAUAGUGCUGAAACUUCUUCAGGAGACAGGGAAACAGAACUCUGCAGAAAAUCUUUGGAAAUGGCAGAAGAGCAGAAACAACCCGAGAGGACUGAAUCAGAAGAGCUGUCACUGAGAGGCGCUGGUGUCAAAAUCCAAACCCAACAACAGAAAAUCUCUUUCCCCCAGAGUGUCCCUGACUUUGCAUUCACCACAGCAACAGGGACUCAUCUGCAGCCAGUGGCUACCCCUAAAGACAAAACUGAGAAGGCCAAGGGGAUCAUUGCAGCGCCUGUAGAAAUUAAACUUGGCAAGAACAGGACUGAGGCUGAAGUGAAGCGGUACACAGAGGAAAAAAGGAGGCUUGAGAAGGAGAAGGAAGAAAUCCGGAGUCACCUUGCACAGCUUCGGAGAGAGAGAAGGGAACUGAAAGACACCAUGGUGAAACGUACAGGUACAGAUAAGUGUGCCCUGGCCUGUCUGGAGCAGAAGUUGAAGGAGCUGGAGGAAGAGUGCAGGGAAAAGGAGAACAGACGUGUGGACCUGGAACUGAGCAUCAUGGAGGUGAAAGAAAGCCUGAGGAAGGCGGAGGCCGGGCCUGUGACCCUGGGCACAGCAGUGGACACUACCCACUUGGAGAAUACAGCUCCCAAAACCAAAGCCCCCAAUCCAGCUCCUGCUGCAGACUCUUCUCCGGUCAACUCUGCUACAGCUUUAAAAAACAGACCUCUCUCCGUCAUGGUAACAGGCAAGGGAACAGUCUUGAGGAAAGCUAUGGAAUGGGAGAAGAAAGGAGCAAGUUAGAAAACUAUCUUCCAAUAAAAACUGACAUGAUUGCUAUGGACCUUGGAUGACAAUCCUCCCAAGUUAAGGUCUGACAUAAAAGCAAAGAACACUGGGCUUGGAGAGUCUGUUCAGAAGGAAAAGAAAGGAUUGAGACAACUGUGAACAGAGAUCUUUGGCUAAGGACUCCUGCACCUCCCCAAGAUGGUGGGGGGGUGGGGAGAGGAAGGACAUCCCUUUUCACUCUCAAGGGAAUAACACAAAAGGAAAAGACACUUUCACAGUAUUCCUAACCCAUUGUUUUAAACAGGAAUGCUAUUGUUCUUAGGGAUGGUUUGUGUAUUUCUACAUACAAGUUUAUCAAUUGCAUUAUUGAAAUUUAGUUUAUAGUUCCAUAACAACAGAUUUUGUUCUUGGUUUUUGUUGGGGUUUUUUUGGUGGGGGGAGGGAGAGGAAAUGUGUAAAAAAUCCAGGUACCUGAAUGGUCCUCCCACUUGGAAUUUUGGCUCGAGUAACACAGAUCACUUAAAAUCAAUCCUAUUCUAUUCAAUACUGGGCAAAAAUUAGAGUUCAAUUUUGCCUGCUUUGAGGGAGUUGGGCUUCAGGGUUAGUGACUCAAACCCAAAGCAGUGAUGCAAUAGAUAGUUCAAACUCUCAGUUUCAGGCUUUUUGUUUAUGAUCCCAUGCAUGCAGAAACAGCCUAGAUUGCUUUAAACAAAAAAACCCACUUGUGAAAGAGUGCUGCCCUUUCAGAGGGGAGAAAAAGACUAUGUGGCUCUACUUCAGGUAAGUUAUUAAUUAGUAAAAGGCCCUCAUUCACUGGUAUAAAGGACAAAAGAAUGUUUAACAUGAGGUCGCCAUUCUACUGGUUUUUAUAAGUAACAGUGAGAUCCUCACCUUAAAGCCUGUAUACAAAAGCCAUUUUUGAGGGGAAAUGGUUUCACAUGCAUAUUUUUGGUCAUGAAAAGUAUCUCCACAGAUCCAAAAAUGUUCUUUUUAUCCUUAUGACUUAAACAGUGCCUCAGAAUAGUUGAAAGAUAUUUCAUUAACUAGAUUCAAUGGACAGAUAAAAAUUUCCUUUUCUCUGUCAGGUUAGUUCUAAUCUAUGGAUUAACUAUCUCAUACUGAGGGGAUCUAAGUAUUCCUUUUCCUCACUUGGUAGGCAGUGCCCAGGUUCCCUCCAAGAAAAAUACUGUGGAAUUUGUUGACUGGGGCUAGGCGCUUAUUUUAUCCACUCCACCUUAAAAAACAAACAUAUCCCAACUAACAGAUGAUGACAUUCCAUUUGGUGGCCCUGUCUCUUUUCUUUGAUAGAAAAAUAAACAUGGUGUAUAUUUGUUGUUGCUUAAAAGAAAAGGUUUUCAGACAUUUCAUCUUCACCUCAACCUUCCUUCCCUCCACCCUGAACCAAACAUCUUUGUAAUUCUCAUUGUCUUUCUAAUCACAGGGCAUUUAUUUCCUUUGUCAUAAACUUGUUCUUGAUGUUUUAGAUAUUUUUUAAAAAAUAAAGUAUUAAGUAUA